UAUUAAGAUUCUAUAUGCUUAUAGUGCUGUGGGUGCGAGACUAUAGGUUUACGCGCAGGACUUGACAGUAGUUAAAACCGAGGCAAUUAGCAGCAUUAUUUGGGGUACGCCCAGCUGGUCGUGCAUGAGCGCGUAAUUGUAAAUGAGUUUAGUAACAUUUGCAUGGGAGCGCACAGGAGGACAGAACUCGAAAGUUUAUGAUUAAUAGAGUCCGAUUGCCAUUGUGCGGAGGAGAGAUCUCCCGUUCGAUCUGCGCGCGCGCGAAGUUGCGCAUUGAACUUGGACUGUUGAAGACGAAAAGAGCGACGAGACUCAUGGCCGCCUCUAUGUUGUAGUCUGGCAGAUGAAUGCACGUCACUGGACAGUGGACAGAAGAAAAAAGGCAGCUAGUGGAUAAGAGGUUUGUUUUUACGCUAUCCGUCUGGUGACUAUCCUGAAUCUGCGCAGCAGACUCUUAGUACGAAGGCAAAUAGAUAGACGAAAUUGAAAGCUGUUUAUACAGCACGAUUGCGAGAAGUUUUUCAUUAUUCUUGUUAAUAAUUAGGUAAUAAUCGAGAGAAUAAUCCGAUAUGACGAUUCUCUCCAAGAAAAAGCAAAACACAACCAAGGAUAGACGCGGUGAGAACUCAAAUGGAUCAGAGGUCGAUGUACAUGGAGUACAGAAUGAACAUGGUGCAACAGGAUCCAUUGCAUUGCCUAACAGUCCUUAUCAGGUACGAGGUAGUAAUAGUUUCACAGUAGAUUUGCAUGGAGUACAAAAUGAUCACAAUGCUGGUUCAAUAGUUCUAACUGCAAAUGGCUCAUAUGAGGGAAAUGUCGAUCGUCGAGAAGAAAAGCAUUUUGAUGAAACAGGAGGCUCCAAUCAUGGGAAACGUCAUCGUAGAAGAGCAAGUCCUCACAGUGGAUGUAUUAGUAGAAGUUCACGAACUAAACGAGAGCGUGAAAGAGAAAGAGGUCGAGGUACAGGAGGUAGUAAUGUUGGUACUGGUGGAGAACGUGAAAGAGAAAGGGAACUCGAAAGGCAGUCUACACCACCAACCACUUCUAGCAGUAGUGGUGGCCUACAAGGUGGUGAUAGUACUGUUAUGUCCAACAGUCGAAUGGCUAUCGUUGCUGCAGCUGCAAAUCUUGAACACGAAUUAGCUAAUGGAUAUAAUAGUGGUGAUGAAUACACUGGUAGAACAGGAAAUAAUUUGACACUUGCGGAGUGGCAAGAGCGGGACAGAUGGUUCGAAAAGCGAUUAAGAAAAAUGGGGUUUAUUGUAAAAAAAAUGGGAGACGAUGGAGCCUGUUUAUUUAGAGCUGUAGCCGAUCAAGUUUAUGGAGAUCAAGAAAUGCAUGGUGUUGUUCGAAAACACUGUAUGGAUUAUAUUGCGGCCAACCAAGAAUUUUUUUCACAUUUCGUAGCUGAAGAUUUUAGUACUUAUGUAGAUAGAAAACGGCAAGAAUACGUUCACGGCAAUCACAUAGAGAUGCAAGCAAUGUCAGAAAUGUAUAAUCGUAGUAUUGAGUUGUUUUGUUAUAGUACUGAACCAAUAAAUAUUUUUCAUGGAGUCCUCAAAAGUGACAACGAGCCUAUACGAUUAUCGUAUCAAAGAGGGAGUCAUUAUAACAGUAUCGUAGAUCCAUAUAAAGCAACUAUUGGUGUCGGACUUGGAUUACCAUCAUUUAACCCCGGUUCUGCUGAUCGAGAAUUGAUAUCUGAUGCUGUACGACAAAGUGAAGAAUUGCAUAUAGAACAGACAAUGCUUGAAGAUAAAAUAAAAGCUACAGAUUGGGAAGCAACAAAUGAAGCGAUUGAAGAACAAGUUGCUAGAGAAAGUUAUUUACAAUGGUUACGCGAUAAUGAAAUGAGAAAAGCACGUUCAGCAAGCAGUAGUAGCACAAGUACAGUGACAAGUGCUCAAAAUAGUCAUUUUCAUUCACAUAGCAGUCGAACACAACAAAGAAGCCAUUGUUCGUCUCCAACAUCAGCAAGUUCACCUAAUCAAGAAGCCGUACGAAAUUCUCCAAAGAUAAAUGACAAUGUACGCUACAAUAAAAGAUCACCGCAACAUCAAUCAAGCUCUGGAAUUCCACUUCUUCCAUCGGAAUACAAAGCUUCGUCUACCAUACCACAAGAACCAGUUCCUGGUAGCAGUAAAGAGAUGCAUGCGUCACCAGAUAUUUCACUUUUUAAUCGUCUUCCUCCAGAAGUAUUUGGUUUGACUGAUUGGGAGGACAGCGAUAUUUUAUCAAAGGUGCUAGCUACUUCACAGCAAGAAUAUUUAGAUAGUUUAAAGCAAUCACGCACGUCUACAAGCGAUUCCAGCGAUACAAUAGAAUCUACGAAUAGUUGAAUGAUGUAUACUAUGUGAUGAUAUAAAAACAUA